GCGGAUAUAAAGUACAUGCAAAAAGAAGUUGUCACAAUUCUCGCAUCAUUCUGUACCGGUUGAACCGGAUCAGACAUGGCCAUUAACUUAUCAUUUUCUUGGCUAAUUAUGCGAUGCCAUUCGUAACGCCCAUUGCGUACCUGAUCGCUCCUCUAUCGGGGUUCUCUGAAUGCACUGUAAUAGCACGUUCGCAUGCUGUGUACCUUGGCGUAAAGAUGCUGAUGAAAUAAAAGUUAUAAUAAUUAUGUAUUUGUGAAUCCCUCUUUCCCACUCUUCCCUCAUUCAGGCUGGUCCUGCAAAUGGAUGAUGGUCAGCAUGAUUAUCUGGCAACGAUCACUCUUGACGUUCUUUUUAUCAGCUCUUAUCGGGUACAUUGAUUGUACGCCAUUACCAUCAAUUAUCGAAAGUGGUAAAGAUACAAAGGUCAUAUCUGGUUUAGAUGAAUUACAACAACUCCGUACCUCAAUCGAACGAAUGCGUUUACAAGCCCAAGGCUUCGAAUCUUCUUUACACACAAUGAAACCAUAUCAAAUGGUAAGAUUGACAAGUGCUCAAUUGCAACAUGGUUCGCAAAAUGAUUUAAUCGCUCUUCAACAUGCUCUUUUGACUUAUGCCCAUUCGACUUGUCUUCGUCCUGAUAUUGCUUCAGCUUGCCUGCGUUAUGAUGGUUUUCCAACUUAUGCACAUGAACAAGCAUACAAGUCAAUCACCCUCCUCUAUCUUUUGCGUUCGCUACCCUUAGCCGAAGCUGAUGGGUUUGUGGAAGGAUUUUUGGAAACCGCAACCGAGUCGGAUAUUGCAGCACUCAAACGUGUCUUGACAUUUUCCAGAAAUUCGAGAAUUCAUCAAAUCUUUGGUGACAAAUUACAGGGAAACAGUGGCAUCAUUGGUCGUCAUAUGAAACGUGAUAAUAGUGGAAUGCAUAUCCAUCUUCACGGGGUCUAUCCACCUGAUUAAAAAAAGAAGCGCAAUCUUGAUUAGCAGGCGUCCGUUGAAUUAGUCUAGCGAAAGUUCAUCACACCUUAACCUCAAUGUACCUUUAAGAAAAGAUCAACUGAAGAUGAGGAU